GACCAAUCGAAUGGGGGAGUCUAUUGACCUUCUUCACAAACAGUGAUUAGUUGGGGCCCCUGUGAGGUAACAUCUUUUGACAUGAUUGUUACCCUCAUACACAUAUUUACAGCACUGUAUAUAACUGCAGCCACAGUUUAUUUUAGAAAACCUUUUUAGAAGGUUUUCCUUCAUUUCAUGGUUUUUAGCAUGGUUUAAAAACACAUUACAAAUAUUUUAAAUCUUGAUUCAGAAAGAUGCAUUAAAUAGCAUUCUGUGUGUGUAUCUUUCUUGUGUUUAUGCAGUUGCAAACAAUGAUUAUUUCAACACCUCCUCCAGAUCGAUGCAUUUGGGAAGUCAUCUGAGACUUGGCAGCUGCAGCAACCUCUUUAAUGCAAGAAACUUCCAAAUUAAUAAUAUAAUAUGUUUUUCUAUUGUUUAUCCUCUUGGAUUUUGUUGCCGACAACAUGGCAACUCAGUAAAUUCAGGAAAGCAGUGUCAAAUGUCAGUUGAUAGUUCAACAUGCCAGCAUGGUCCUUAAAAUGUCAUGGUGAAACAUUCUCUUUUGACCAUGUUGGCUUUGUAAUAUGAGCUGAACAAGUCAUAUAGUGUCAAUAUCACAUAAUGCGUCACUUGUACAGUGAAUGCCUGUGGAAGCGGCAGUGUGGCCUCAUUCACUCACAUGGGGAAUUAUUGUGGUCCUCCUGGUGAAGGCAGCACUGACAAACACUGACACUUGGGUCACAACACUGCAGUCAUGUAAUGGCAAUGAGAUCAGUGGGCAUAAUUUUCACCUUGAAAGGUGGCAGCAGCACAACAAAGCCUUCAGUGCUGCUAGCAAACUGUACCAUCUGAAAAUACAGUCUCAUAAAAUAUGUUAUGCCUUUUAAUAAACAGUCAAUGAGAAAGACAAGCUGGUUGUUAACAGUAAACACACCCAUGGCAGUCAAUCUUCACUUUGUUGCUAUUUACAUCAAGUCUCAUUAUAAACUGCUUCUGCAGCUGCACUUCACCACAAACAACUGACUGGUGUUGAAAUUAGCUAUGCUUAAUGUGUGUGCAACCCUUUUUUCAGGAGACAAUAGAAAAGCACCAAGAGUGUCUAAAGAAGCAAAGGGAAGCAGUGAAAUACAGACUGAAAAAACUGGCAGCGCGGCAAUCAGAAAUCACAAAAAAGUCCUCAGUCAUAAGGGAGCGCAUCAUUCGGAAAUAUCAGGAGAUUCAGUCUGUACUGGACGAGGACCUCAGGAUUACCCUGUCCCACCUGGAGAUGGAGGAGCGGGCUGCUGUCUCUGCCCUGGAUGGGCUGAUGGAAAGCAACUGUUCUCUAAUACAGGAGAUAGAGCAGGGCCUGGCCAGACUCACAGUGGCACUGGAGCAGACCGACACAGAGCCUGAUACAAUGUCUUUCUUUUCAUUCCCUGAGCAGCAAGACACAGAUACAGUGGACAGAGUGAUGGAUAUGCUAAACAGGACAGACCCGAGUAGCGUAAGCCUGGACGAAGUAAAAGCUGACCAGAUCCUCAGCCUCACCAACAGCAUGCUCCUGCUAAUCUCCUCACAGACCCCUAUAAUCAAGAAACUCUUCAAGAGUUGUCAGUUCACACAUUACAUUUAUAGCCAUAACUUGACCUAUUUAACAUGUAGAUUUCUUUGUGUAAAAUUUGUCAAAUAUGUGUCUCCAGAUUCCAGUGAGGUGUAUCUGGAUGCAGACACGGCCCACCCAAAGCUGAUCAUCUCCCCCCAAGGUGACAGUGCCACCUACACAGAAACCUGGCAACAACUUGCUGACCUCCCUGGACGCUUUGACACCACCCUCAAUGUCAUCAGCUUGCAAGGCCUCAGCUUUGGUCGCCAUUACUGGGAGAUUGAUGUGACUGGGAAGACUUACUGGGAGCUUGGUGUAACCUAUCCUACCAUUCCCCGCAAGGGCACUACUGAGGACUGCUGGCUGGGCCGGGGGGACGAGUCCUGGUGUGUGGAGUUCUUUGAUGGGGAAUAUACAGCCUGGCACGGAGGGAUGCCCCAUCAGCUGCCUUUCACAAAACGCUUCUGUCGGAUUGGUGUUUUGUGUAGCUUUCCUGCAGGUUUGGUGACGUUUCUUGAGGCAGACAACAUGACGCCACUGUUCUCCUUCUGUGCAGGAACCUUCUCAGACUGCCUCCACCUGGCCCUGUGUCCUGGACAUGACCACAAUGGCACCAAUGCUAAACCUAUUGUAAUCUGUAAUACUCCAUCCCCUACCAGUGAUCUCUGAUUAGUAGCUCCACAGAAAAGCUUUUAAUAACUCCUUGAUGAGGCACAACUUUCAAAUUUUUACCAUGUUCACAGUCAUAGUUUAGCAUGAUAGCAUUAAAAGCCAAGAACAGUAGGUUUCUCCUUCGGGGAGCCAUGAAUGUCUGCACAAUAUCUGGUCCCAAUCCAUGCUGUAGAUGUUAAGAUACAUAUUUAAGAAGAUAAGCAAAAACUUUGUCCUGCUGGUGACUCUAGAGGAAAAGUCAGGGAAUCACCAAAGUAAAGUGGAUUCAUCUUCACCAGGUAUUCCUGUACACCAGGAAUAGGCCAUCUGUACAAAAUUAUUGGCAAUUCAUCUCAUAUUUGAGAUAUUUUAGUCUAGACCAAAGUGGGAGACAGGCCAACAGAUUGACAUUGCUAAGGCUUAAAAUCAUCUACUACUUCUUUGUAUUCAGAAGUCAAAAGAGCAGUGUCAGGAUAAAUUUCAUCUAUAAAGCAUUGCUAUUUCCUUUAUUAACCAUUACUAAACCCUUUAUGAAGGGGGCCUUAUUACAAAGUGGUACCCUUGCUGAAACAGAAUUGCUCCUCUUUGAAGAAAAGUAAUUAUCAAGUAUUUCAGAUGACAUAGAGACACAGUGUGAUAAAAAUCUCUUUUAGGAAGAUAGUUCCUUACAAGGGAUCGUGUUUAAGGAGAACACUGCAUAUUUCAUUCAGUGCCUGUGCUGUGUAUUUGUAUUUAUGUACUUUCAGAUGGAUGUACUGAAAUAUUAGUAGUAGUGUCUCUAAGCUCAUUAAACUAAGCAAAAGGACCAUGAAAACAGUGUUUUAUGCAUAUUGAGUUUUACAUAUUCUCUCUUAAUGACAAAGUCUUAUUUAAAAAAGGAGGUUUUACUUGGAAGUCAUAAAAGUUACUAAUGCUGUUAUACAAGUCUUUUUGUGGCAUAUUUGAUUGGCCAUACAAUCAUGCUGGAAGUAUUACACUUUACUGAUUUUAUAAAUGUGUAAAAAGGCAAAAGAAAGCUAAAAAGGCACAGUAAUGUAUCCUGCUAUGUCCCUUGUAUGUGGAUCCAAAGUCUACAUUACACACGAACAAACAAUUGACUUUGCAAAUAUACUCUCUGAGCCUUUGUGUUGCAUUGGAACGCACACUUAUCCAAUUUGAACCACAUUAAUUUCAAUUAAUUUCAAUAUGAAAAAUGUUUCGGAGUCAGUGAUCUUGAUUUUGUACCAUUUAUAUGUUCAUCAUGUUUGGUAACAUGAGCAGUGUU